AUGGUGACUCCUUCCCCUUCCAUAGCCGCCUCGGCCGAACCUCCAAAAACUAAAAGGCUUUACCAAGUUUGGCCAGGGAACAAUAAAUUUCUAUGUGGUGGAAGGUUAGUCUUUGGUCACGAUGCAUCGUCUCUAUUUUUAACAUCGUUCCUGAUUGGAGGUCCUGCAAUAACCUUCUGUAUAAAAAUGCUAGUAGCGUUGAAACACGGGCAUCCUAUUGCUAGCCAGCCUAUACUGAUUGGAGCAGCAGUUCUCACAAUUUUGGUUGGUAAGGAUUUUAUUUUUCUCUUCCUGACAUCCGGUAGAGAUCCAGGAAUUAUUCCGAGGAAUUCACGUCCACCUGAAGAUGAAGCAUUUGACCUGAGUACACCAUAUCUUGACUGGAUGAGCAAUAAAACCCCUAAUGUGAAAAUACCCAGAAUUAAAGAUGUUAAAGUCAAUGGUAUGACGGUGAAGGUGAAAUUUUGUGACACAUGCCUAUUGUAUCGUCCGCCGCGUGCUUCCCAUUGUUCUAUCUGCAACAAUUGUGUGCAGAAGUUUGAUCAUCAUUGUCCCUGGGUUGGUCAAUGUAUUGGAUUACGCAACUAUCCAUUCUUCAUAUUGUUCAUAUCAUCAUCAACUUUGUUGUGUUUGUAUGUUUUUUCAUUUUCUUGGGUUAACCUUGUACGGCAAAAGGGUAGCUUGUGGUUUGCCAUGUCACAUGAUUUCAUAUCAGUUGCUCUCAUUGUAUAUUGCUUCAUAGCCAUCUGGUUUGUGGGUGGACUAACAGUUUUUCACUUGUAUUUGAUUUCGACCAAUCAGACAACUUAUGAGAAUUUUCGGUACCGCUAUGAUAGGAAGGAAAAUCCAUAUAGAAAGGGACUAGUGUCAAACUUUAAAGAACUAUCUUGUGCUAGAAUCCCAACUUCAUUGGUUAAUUUUAGAGAGUGGGUUGCCGAAGAGGAUGAUUAUCAAGAUGAAUCCUAUAGGACAUAUAAUUCAGAGUUUGAUAAAGGUUUUGUAAACCCAAAACAAAAAUUUGACAUGGAAAUGGGAACAAUGUACGGCAAGGAUAGUAUGCGAGUUCCUAAUAUUCUAAAGGAUUUGGAUUAUAGUGGCAUUGAUGAUAAUCUAAAGAAGAAAGUAGGAGCAAAAGAUGGUACAUUUGAUAUUUUUGUUCCUGCUGAUCAAGAUCUAAAGUAUUCUCAAUGGAAACCCAAAAUUGCACCCAAUGCAAACAUUGGAGAAAUUGGAAAGCUAUAG